AUGUGUGGCAAGGAGGCUAUCAUAGCAAAUUUCUCCUUCCAGCAUCAUCUGGUCAAGGACGCGGUUGAAAAUCUUCAAGUUAAGCACUGGGACCUGGACGCACAAACUCCAGAUAUUGACAAUCGCUUCCGUAGGCCAGGAGGUGGCCGACCGUUCAAGAUGGAUCAGUACGGAUAUGAUGUCGUGAAGUAUCACAACAUAUGA